AUGAGCGAGGUAACGUGGAGCAAAGAGGAGGUGAUCAAGGCCUUCGAGGACGCGGGCAACCUCAAGUUCCUUGAGCAUAUCAACCUGUCCAACACGGAGAAGUGUACGGAGGAGUCCCCCGUUUACAUUUUCUACAUGCGCGGCCUGCAGUGCUCGCGCGAUCCUCGUCUGGCCUACCACUUCUGGGCGAAUUAUGCCGGUCGGCACCAGUUCCACCUGUUCACGAGCCAGCCCAAGAGCGAGUGCAUCAAUGCCACUAUCUACCUCUACGUGCCUGACCUGGACGCUAUCGAGAAGAGCCUCGAGUCUAUUGCUGACGAGCUUAAGGGCACCAAGUUCGCUUUCGAGCGCAUUAACCGCGGCGGAGAGACCACUAUCGACUACCCGCAGGAGAAAUGGCACGAGAUGUUCGACGCGACUAAGUACGACCACCUUAAGGUGAACGACCCGUACGGUAACGAGCUGCGUCUCAAUGUCACGCCGCGUAAUUACAACUCGAUUAACCUGUCGCUAGGUAAGACACUGCCCGUUACGGACGAUGUUCCCGGUGUGGCUCAGGGUCUCCCGUUCCUGGUGUACCCGUGUCGUCCGGGUAUCGCUCAAGGGAUUUCCCGCUUCUUCGAGUACUACUUGGGUGCCAAGACCGUGGUCACUAAGAAGGAAGGCAAUGUGGAGCUCUACUGCACGACGGUGUUCUGUGGUCCCUUGCAAGCGAUCGUCUUUGACGAGCAGGAGUCCCAGAAGGACAGCAAGGGCGAGUACGAUGGCCACCACGUGUGCAUCCACAUUGACCGCUUCAAGGAGUUCUACGACAAGGCUUCCAAGGAGUCCAUGCAAUGGAACAACGUGCUGUUCUUCGACCGCUGCGACACGUGGUUCGAGGCCAACCGCGACCAGCAGUACCGUAUUCUGCACCUGAUCGACCCUGUGGACAAGAAGUUCCUCAUGUCCUUCGAGAUGGAGAUCCGCUCGGCCCAGCACUUUCGAUACCUCAUCCACCGUAGCGACGUGACCGCGGAAGAGGAAGCCGCCAACGAAGUGCUACGAAAGAAGAUCCUGUAGAUUUUGCUAUGCAGUUUAUUGCUGACAAAUUUUGGUUCGGCUCGGCGCAGCGCAGAGCUCCGUCGACUCAAGUGGUAAUACAAAGUCACAAUGUGCUUGAA